AUGUGCGCCAUACUUAGUUGUGAACAGCAUUCAUUUUGUUGCAAAUCGGGUUUUUCAGGGGUGUUGUUCGAAAGUCUAUGGUUCGAAUAUUGCAAUGAUCCGAAAUCUUAUAAUCACAACGGAAUUACUAUUAUCGAUGUAGACAAACCUAGAUCUACGCGAGAAGUUGUUUUUGCUGCUAACAACUUGAUGGCAAGGUAUGGAAUUUUACGAAGUACAUUUCAUGAUAAAGAUGAUGACCGAAAACAUACGAGAUGCUAUCGAAGAGAAUAUCCAGUGGAACAUGCGAAAAAUGUUGUUCAUUUUAUGAUGUCUCCUGUUGAUAUAGAUGAGUUAGUAAAAAUGCCUUUUGAACUUGAAAAAUCAUACCCUGUUCGAUUUUACGUUAUAGUUGAUCCAGUUAAGUUAGAUUAUAAAAUAUGUUUAAUUGGCCAUCAUAUUGUUAUUGAUGGUAUAAGCAAUUAUAAUUUAUUACUUGAUUUUUACAAAUUGUUAUUCGGCGAGUCCUUGCCAAUACUUAAUGGGAUAACAUAUGACAAUUUUAUCUCUCAACAUGAAGAAUGGCUUAAUUCCAAUGAGUAUAGACUCAAACAAAAAUUUUGGUGUGAUCAAAUCAAGUCAACUAAAAAUGUUGAAUGGCCAAUGCAACUAUCAUCUAUUCAGCACCCUUUACAUGAUAAACAAAAUGCACUUCAAUAUCAAGUUUUCCAUAAUAACGUUGAAGAAUUAAGAGCUCUAGGUUAUAAAUUUAAUGUUACCUGGUUCGCGACAAUGUUUUCGGCUGUAUGGAUCACUUUGUCGUCAUUCAUUGAUCUAAAGAAUGCCAAUAUCUGGCUUCCAUUCUCUGCACGUUCUAUGCCAGUUAAUUGUGAUAAAAAUGCAUUAUCUCUAAUUGUUGGUAAUUUCGCUAACGUUAUGCCAGUUCAUAUAAAUAUUGAUACAUCUAAUUCAAUUGAUUUGCAUUCAACUAUUCGGCAAAUAGCAAAAUUGAUAUUUACUGCAAAGCAAAAUGAAAUGUAUCCAUUUAUCGAUCUGGCAAGAUAUGCACAACAAACAUUAAAGCGUCAACUUGUUCAACAGAUUAUUAUUACCAAAACACCAAAAAUGCCUAUGAAUUGUCAAGUCAAAGCUGUACGAUCUGAUGUAGAACUCUGGUUUGAUUUUAGCGAACAAUCAAAUAGCAUGAUAAUGUUUAAUAUUAAUUAUAAUCCGACAAUUUUUAAUAACAAUAAUAUUAAUUUAAUAGGAGAACAAUUUUUAAAAGUAAUAAAUAUAAUGAAAAAUUAUGAUGACUUAGAAUUAAAAAUUCCAAAACUAUUAAUUGAUCAAGAUAGUUUAACAUUUAAAUUAAAAUCUAAAUCCGAAAAUGAUUUAUCAGUACCACAAUCAUUUCCAACAAUCCAAGAACUUUUUCAACGACAAGCAAAGAAAUUACCAAAUCAUCUAGCAUUACACAUGGGUGAACUUGGAUUAUCAAUGACAUAUGAACAAUUAGAUAAGAAAAGUAAUCAAAUUGCUCGAUAUCUUUCUCAAAUUGGAGUGAAAAUAGAAACCCUAGUUGCGGUUCAUUUAAAUCAGGAUAUGUAUAUGAUUCCUUGGAUAUUAGGUAUUCUUAAAGCUGGCGGUGCUUAUGUUCCUAUUGAUAAAACAUAUCCAGCAGAAAGAAAGAAUUAUAUAAUUAAAGAUUCUGAAGUUUCAUAUUUUAUUACUGAUGAGGAAUGUAAUAAUUGGGUUGAAAACUUUUCUGGUAAAACAAUUCAAAGUGAUACAAUGGAUGUCAUUAAACAAUUUGAUGGCACAAUCGAAUCAUUAUGCCAUGGAGAAAACCUUUGCUAUGUUAUGUAUACUUCAGGAUCAACAGGAAAACCAAAAGGUGUAUUGGUAGAACAUAAAAGUGUUACAAGUUUAUUUAUGGACCCUAAAUAUGAGCAUUUUAGAUAUAAAAAUGGAGGAAUUAGGGUAUUACAAGUGCUAUCCAUGGCUUUUGACGCAUCAUUAUUAGGUUGGGCAAUGGCAAUUGCCAAUGGUUCAACUAUUUGCUUUGCUAAAAAUCCAAACUUACUAGUUGGAAAUUACUUAUUAGAUGUUAUUAAAUGUAACGAAAUAGAAGCAAUGAAUAUUGUACCAACCAUCUUGGCUACUAUGUCACCUGAUAACUGUAGUCCAACUUUAAAAUAUCUUGAGGUCGGUGGAGAAGUUCUUUCAAAUAAUUUGGCAAACAUUUGGAAGAAUCGCCUUAAGAAGUUUUUUAAUACAUAUGGCCCUACUGAAGGAAGUGUUAUGGUAACAAAUUAUGAUAUCAUAACUGAACAAAACCUUGUCGCACUGGGUUCAGUAAUUGGAACUCUACGUGAUCAUACAUCUAUAUAUAUUUGUGAUCCAAUUACACAAGAAUUAGUCAGUGAUAAAGGAGAAAUAUUAAUUGGCGGUGUUGGACUAGCAAGAGGAUAUUUGAGACAAGAUGAUAUCACUAAAAAACACUUUAUAUUUCACCCAAAAUUACAAAAACGUUUAUAUCGUACUGGUGAUCAAGGAUGCAUUCUAGAAGAUGGUAAAAUUAUAUAUUUAGGAAGGUUUGAUCGUCAAGUGAAGCUUCGUGGGCAUAGAAUUGAACUUUCUGAAGUUGAAACUAUAAUUUUGAGUGAAUGUUCAGAGAUUUGCCGUGUAUCAGUUCAAGUUAAUGAAGAAAAAAAAUCAUUAGUCGCAUUUGUUAUGCCAAAAAAUUUAGACCAUAAAAUAAUCCGAAAUAAAUUAACCAAAACAAUGGCAAAAUUUCAAAUUCCAGAUAUUAUACCAGUUGAUAAUUUGCCCUGUACAGAUAAUGGAAAGACAGAUCAUGCUAAGGUUAAGGAUAUUAUGUCUGAAUUACUCAAAAAAGCUAUUAAAUCUAUAGCUCCAAGAUCUCAACAUAGGAAUUCUAAAGUUUCACUUGUUUCACAUCUACAAGAUAUAUGGCAAGAUAUCCUCGCAUUAGAAGAAAAACCAGAUAUUAACACAAAUUUUUUUGAUCUUGGUGGCCAUUCUCUUUUAUUAUUACAAUUACAAAGAAAAAUUCAACAACAAAUUUCACCAGUUGAUCUUGUUGAUCUUUUUCAAAAUCCAACAAUUGAAUCUUUGGCAAAUCUUUUCAUACCUACAGGUCAAUCUUUGAAUUUAGAUAAUUUUAUAAGGACGUCUAACAAUGAUAAAGUUAUAACUACAAGUAAAAUAGCAAUUAUAAGUAUGGUUGGUUGUUUCCCUGGGGCUGAAUCAGUUAAUGAAUUAUGGAAAAUGAUAAAGACUGGACAACAUGGGAUUCAUACAUUUAGUGACAAAGAGCUUGAUGAGAUGAAUGUGAAAAAUGAUAAUGAUUCUCAUUAUAUACCAAAAUGUGGUAUGCUCUCAAAUAUUGACAAGUUUGACGCUGAAUUCUUUAAAAUUAGUCAUCAAGAAGCAAUUUCAAUGGAUCCACAGCAACGUCUGUUAUUAGAAAAAAGUGUACAAGCUUUAGAUGAAGCUGGAAUCAAUCCAUUGUAUGAAAAAGGACGAAUUGGAGUAUUUGUUGCAAUUGAAAAAAGCACAUACAAGAAUUAUUCAUAUGAUAAUGAUAAUAAUCUUGCAAAAAAAUAUAGUGAAGAACUUAACAACUCAUCUGGAAGUGCAGCAACAAGAAUUGCAUACCAUCUAAAUCUUAAAGGACCAGCAAUUUCUCUUAAUUCUACUUGUUCUAGUUCUCUAACAGCAUUAAAAACAGCAUGGAAUAGUAUUCAAUGUAGUGAUUGCGAUGUGGCUAUAGUUGGUGCUGCUUCUAUUGUGUUACCACAAACUGGUUAUAUAGCACAACCAGGUCUUAUUUUUUCAGCAAAUGGAAUAUGUCGCCCAUUUGAUCAUAAUUCUGAUGGAAUUAUUCUUGGAAAUUCUGUAUCAGUUAUUGUUUUGAAACGAUUACCCGAUGCAAUUUCUGAUCGAAAUCCAAUUUCUGCUAUUAUUAAAUCAAUUGAGUUAAAUAAUGAUGGAAAUAAUAAGAUUGGUUAUACGGCACCAAGCGUAGAUGGACAAUAUGAUGUAAUUAAAAAAGCAAUUCAAUCUGCUAACCUUCUUCCUGAUGACAUUAAUUUUAUUGAAGCUCAUGGAACUGCUACUAAACUUGGUGAUCCUGUUGAAAUUAAAGCACUCACAAAAGUAUUUGCUGAAUAUUCACCAAUAACUAAGAGGCAUUGUGCUAUAUCUUCUGUGAAAUCUAAUGUUGGUCAUUGUAAUAUUGCAGCUGGAUUUACUGGAUUAAUAAAGACUGUUAAAGCAUUAGAGGAUCGUGUUAUACCUCCCAUGGCAAAAGGUCAUUUCGAAAAAGUCAAUCCAUUAAUAAACAUUUCAUCCAGUCCAUUUUAUAUUGCUUCUGAGUUACAAAAUUUCAAUAAAACAGGAACAAUGUAUGCGGGAGUGAGCUCAUUUGGUAUUGGGGGAACAAAUGGGCAUUGCAUUUUAGCAUCAUAUAAAAAUGAUAAUUUAAAUUUUGAAAAUGAAAUAGCUGAGAAUACAGAGAACAUUAAAGUUAUUUUACCUUUUUCGGCGAAAUCUAUUAAUAGCCUAAACAACAUUAAAAAGGAAUUUAAGAAUUAUUUCAAAGGUUAUGAUUUAUCAAAACAUAAUUUUUAUAAUUUAUGCAAUAUUGCAAGAACUCUUCAAAUAGGUAGAGCUCAAUAUGAAUUCCGUGAUAAGAUAAUUGCUACAUCAAUUUCUGAUGCAUUAAACCAACUUGAACAAACAAACUCAACAAUACAUGUAACAUCACCCAAAGAAAAUAUAAUUUUCAUUAUACCUGGUCGAG